UCCAGAAAGCUUAUACUGAUCUCAAGAAUAUUCCACAUAUACCGUUGAAUUCACAGUGCAGAAGUAUCGUAUGUCCAUAAAGCUUGUUCUGCACCAAAGUGUGAGAUGCAUUCACGUGGCAUUGACUGAUCAUAGUAUCUGGAGUCCAAGAUAAGCUAGUUCUGCGCUCAGUGAAUUCGAUUUUGGUGGCACUGAACUGAUAUUGGCGCGCUGCAGCAUUGUUGAGGAAUAGGAAACCUAACCUCAUUUUUAUCUCAUGUCCUUCAUGCAAACUUCCUUUUCAAAAUUCACUUGCCAAAUUUUAUAUUAUGGAGAGCAGAGGACAAUUUAUUGUCGAAUUGGCUAAGCAAUCAUGUUUGAAUGAAGCUAUAAUCGAGAACAAUGACCAUGGAAGCGAUUUUGAUAUUGGUAAUCAGGAUAAAGAAGAUAUUAGAAUAACAGAGCUCAAAAACAGUUAUGCAAAUUUGAAUGAAGCUAGAAUGGUGGAUAACAGUAACCAUGAAUGUGAUAAUACUGGUAAUCAGGACAAUGAAGACAUUGAAAUAAUGGAGCUCAACAACUAUUAUGCAAAUAUUGAAGAAGUGGAGCCUGCUUUUUUUCAAGAUAGUCUUCACGAAAAAGACAGUUUACUCCAGGAUAAUCAAGCUAUUGUUGCAGAGGACAUGACUGAUGCAGAAGAGGAGUAUGGCCUCUUUGAUGAUGACGAUGAUGACCCAGACUAUAUUCCUAAUAGUCAAGAAGACAUCAACUUUGUGAGUCAAGUUCCAAGGAAAGCAGGGAGGUUUCAAACUGCUCAUCCAUCUGAAAAUGUGGCUGCUACUUCAGGAGAUGUGGAUUCGGUCCCUGAAUCUCUGGAAAACUCCGCUCUUCAUAAUGGGAGUGCAAUCAAGAAAUCUAGGAAAAGAAUAAGGUCAGAAAAUACAUGGCGCAGAAAUGAGAUUAAAAGAAAACGCAAUAGAGGUGAAUCUUACAAGAAUUGGAGAGGAGUUCAUGUGGAACAGCGCACAAUAAAAGAAGUAUGCAAUAAUUGCAGAAUGAAAUGUGCUUCAAAAUUCACUGAAGAUGAGAGGUUGGCAAUCUUUACUGAGUUCUGGAAUCUUGGCGAAAUAGACCGCCAAAGAGAUUUUAUUAUCAACACAAUCCAACAGACUCCAAAAAAGCGCAUCAGGAUUAGAAAUGGGAGUGAAAAUGGUGAUUCAUGCAGGAAAGUAACUUUUUCAUAUUCAUUGAAAUGUGACCAGAAGGAAGAGGUUGUGUGUCAGCGAUUUUAUCUAAACACACUUAGCAUUUCUCAACAGAUGGUGAAGACUGCGUUUCUGAAAAUUCAGGCAAGUGGAAAAACGGUGUCGGAAGACAGAAGGGGUAAAUCUGGGUGCAAUUCGAAGUUGGAAGAGAAAGUGAAAAUUUCUGUGAAAGAUCACAUUGAAUCUUUCCCCAAAGUUGAAAGUCAUUAUUGUCGCAGAGAUUCAAAAAGGGAAUAUCUAGAUCAGAAAUUGAAUUUAUCAAAAAUGUACUCUCUUUAUAAGGUCCAUUGUAAAGAAAACGGAAUCUCCAAUAUGGCAAAGGAGUCAAUGUAUAGAUAUAUUUUUAACACCAACUAUAACUUGGGGUUUUUCCAACCAAAAAAAGACCAGUGUGACUUGUGUGAAAAGUUCAAAAAUUUGGAUGAAGAAGGAAAAACUCUUCAAGGCGUUGUAGACGAGCAUCUUCUUAACAAAGUGGCAGCAAGAGAGGCGAAGGAGAAAGCCAAAGAGAGAAGUAAAAAUGAU